CACGCACUUGGGCCGCCGAGCUUUAGCCGCGCCUCUUUCUUCUGCUGGCGCAACAGCGGCCUGGGAAAGCGGCUGAUCUCUCGUGGUUUCCUAACUGUUUGCAGGGCCCAGUGGCAGCUUUCCCAGCGGUGCCGCAUCAUGGGCGACGGAGACGCAGUGGAGAUAGAUGGCGGCAUUAUGGAAGGGGGUGGCCAGAUCCUGCGUGUUUCCACGGCCCUGAGCUGCCUCCUCAAGAAACCUUUGCGAGUGAAAAAUAUCCGAGCUGGCAGGAGUCAGCCUGGCCUUAGGCCUCAGCAUCUGUCAGGACUGGAGAUGGUUCAACACUUGUGUGAUGGGCAGCUGGAAGGUGGCAAAAUUGGGUCAACAGAAAUCACUUUCAUUCCCGGGAAGAUCAAGGGUGGAACCCAUGUAGCAGACACCAAAACAGCAGGGAGCGUUUGUUUGCUAAUGCAAGUGGCAAUGCCUUGUGUGCUGUUUGCAGAAUCUCCUUCAGAGCUUCGUUUGAAAGGUGGUACGAAUGCAGAAAUGGCCCCCCAGAUCGACUAUACAGUGAUGGUCUUCAAGCCAAUAGUUGAGAAGUUCAGUUUGACAUUGGAUUGUGAGAUCAAAAGGAGGGGUUAUUACCCGAAGGGAGGUGGCGAAGUGAUUGUCCGAAUGCCGCCCGUUAGACAGCUAAGUCCAGUCAAUUUAACGGACCGUGGCACCGUGACCAAGAUACAUGGACGAGCCUUUGUGGCUGGAGCCUUGCCAAUUAAAUUAGCAAAAGACAUGUCAUCAGCAGCAGUGAGGUGCAUCAGAAAGGAAAUCCGGGAUCUCUAUGUCAACAUCCAGGCUGUUCAAGAACCUGAGAAAGAGGCCUUUGGAAGUGGAAGUGGAAUAAUCAUUGUUGCAGAGACUUCUACAGGCUGUUUACUAGCCGGUUCAUCACUCGGUAAAAGAGGUAAAUCCUCUGACAAAGUUGGAAUUGAAGCUGCUGAGAUGUUGCUUGGAAACCUUCGACAUGGAGGAGCUGUGGAUGAUUAUCUGCAAGACCAGCUGAUAAUUUUCAUGGCUUUAGCAAACGGGGUCUCUAGAGUGAAAACUGGACCCAUUACCCUUCACACGCAAACUGCUAUACACUUUGCAGAACUGCUGACAAAGGCCAAGUUUACGGUGACAAAAUCAGAAGAUGAAGAAUCAUCCAAGGAUGCUUAUAUUAUUGAGUGCCAAGGAACUGGGAUGCUAAAUGCCAACUUGUCAUUUCUUCUCUAUUAAAAAAAAAAAAAAGAUAACCUCAGUGAUGAAUUGCACUACAUUUCAACUGACAUGAUUGAAAAUGGGAGCUGUGAUGAGUAACUGGUUUGAAUUCAUUUCCCAUGCAGGAUGGCUGUUUUGGGAGGAGAGGGACCAAGAGCUCAUUGCUUUUUUUUUGGGUGGAAACCACAAGUACAAAAGACAGUGUGAAAUUACAAAAACACCAGAGCAGCUGUUAACGACAGAUACAGCAGUUAUUUCAGCUUCUAAAAAUUAUUUUGCCAUCCUCCUUGUCCCCUGCAUUUACGAAAGAACAUGUACAGAAGGAACCAGUUGUUACCCCUUACAUUUUUUUUAUUUCGGUAGCUUUCUCUUGCUGGGUUUCAGACAAAAUAAUAAAGCAA